ACACCCUCCUCCCUUCCCCCAUUCCCCUCCUCUCCAUUCACACCCGCGCGCUUUUCUUUUCCCGCCUCACCACCGCCCUCCUGCCUGCCUGCCCGCCCUCCCACCGCAGUUAUGAGUCUCUGGGUUGACCGGUACCGGCCGACCUCCCUGGCGAAGCUCGACUACCAUGAUGAUCUGACCACUCGCCUGACCCAUCUGUCCGCCUCCGGGGACCUUCCUCACCUGCUGGUCACCGGUGAGAGCGGGUCCGGCCGAAAGACCCGCGUCAUGGCCAUGCUUCGGGAGAUCUUCGGCCCUGCAGUUGACAAGGCCAAGAUCGAUGUCAAAUCAUUCGACACCGGUACCCGGAAGGUGGACCUCCCGAUUGUCUCCAGCAACUACCAUCUGGAAAUGAGCCCUUCCGAUGUGGGGAACCAGGACCGCUUCGUCGUGCAGGAGGUCAUCAAGGAGGUUGCCCAGUCGCAGCAGAUCGAUGCCAAUGCUGCCCGUCGUUUCAAAGUCAUUGUCAUUCAUGAGGCGGACAAUCUGUCUCGCGAUGCCCAGGCCGGCUUGCGCCGGACGAUGGAGAAGUACACGGCCAAUCUGCGCCUGAUCCUGGUGUGCAAUUCCACCACGCGCAUCAUCGCGCCCAUCCGGUCGCGGUGUUUGCUCGUGCGCGUCCCCUCGCCAUCCAAGCAGAACAUGAUUGCCAUCCUCACAGCCACCGCAGCCAAGGAGCGCCACACGCUGUCGGAGGCGGUGGCCACCAACAUUGUCAACAAGUCCGAUGCCAACCUCCGCCGGGCUUUGCUCAUGCUGGAGGUUGUCUGCACAAAGGGGCAAGCCAACGAUCCGGCGGCGGAGAUCCCGCUGCCUGACUGGCAAGAGUACAUCCACAACCUGGCGGACUUCAUCCUGGCCGAUCAGUCGCCCCAGCGUCUGGAGGCCGCACGCAAGCGCUUCUACGAGCUCCUUGCCCAUGCCAUCCCCGCGUCUGUCAUCCUUCAGUUCCUUGCCAUGCGCCUGAUGGCCAAGGCGCCGGAGCCCCUGCAGCAAGACAUCAUCUUCGAAGCGGCGGAGUUUGACCACCGCAUCCAGUCUGGGACGAAGGCCAUCUUUCAUUUGGAGGCCUUCACUGCCAAGGUGAUGAGCCUCAUCAAUGGCUACCAUGCAUCGAUGUGAUUGUCCUCUCUCCACCCUCCCAUCCCCCUCCUGCUCCUUUCUCUCUCUCUCUCUCUC